AUGACACACUUCGGGCCAGAUGGAAUUUGCUCCCAUCACGAUGAUGCAGGAAAAACGACUGCGAUGGUACGGCAUGUGAGAGAAGAAAUAAUACCCACAUCACCAGAGUGGCAAUGUCUCAAGAGGUCGCUGGAAAAAGACCGCGUGAAGGACAAAGAUGAGGUGGAUGGACAGAAUCAGGGCCGACUUGAGGAGCUUCGAAAGAUAAACAUCAUGCCUUGA